CUUUUAGCAAACACUUUACUUUUAUGACGAAUGCGGAAGUGACAAGGAAACUUGUACUAAUCAAAGAUGGCCUUUACACUACACUACAACAACAGGUCAAGAUGGACUAAAAAUGUUCCUGAUCCCGAACAGAAUUCAAAGAACGAAUCUGGGAAUGUUUUUGAUGUGAAUGGCAUAUCAGAGUGUAUUGAAGAUGAUGAUUUUGAUGAAAACUCAAUGUCCAGCGCCGAAGAGUUUGAGGAUACUCUAAUAAAGAAUCCAGAUCGCAAAAAGAAAGCAAAACAUAAAUACAGACGACGAAGAAGACUGAAGAAAUCGGCUGCCCGGUGUACCAAAACGAUUAACAAGAAAUGGGAAUUUUUCUCGAUACAUAGUAUUAUUUUUGCUGAUUUCUACAAUAGCCUAAAGCGAGGAUUUCUUCAAACUCAUUUGACAUACGGACCAUUGUGUUUGUGGCUUUUGAUAUUUGUACAGGUAUCUACGGCAAAUGGAGGUCAAGUACGUGUACCACGUUAUUGUCAUGAAUCAAUGGAAACAAUUCGAAUGGUCCAAGAAUGUCCAUCAAAUGCACAUGAAUUUAGACUUGCCAAAAGACGUGCAAAGUGUGCUGAUGUUAUGCAAAAUUGCACUAAUCCAGCAAAGUUUAAGUAUCACUGCGUUCUUGAUUCAAAAGGACAAUUAAUAGAAGUCUGUGCAGUGGAAUUCAGCAGCAUAAACGGACUAUGUAUUGAGUAUAACCACGGUGGACAGAGGUUGCAAAAUAACGAUAGAAUAUGUAAAGAUUGCUUUAGCAACCGCAUUAUGUCACCUAAAAUGUAUCAGUAUAAAGAUUGCCUUCAAGCACGGCCGCUUAUUGAUCGAAUAUUUAUCCAAAUCAAGCAGAACUCAAGUACUCUCCUAAAUACUGGUUUGAAAGAGAAAAGAAAUAUAACAAAUGUACCUGUACCAAAAGACAAAAGUGCUAGAAACAAUACAACAUCACAAGCUGUAAUAUCUGUGACAGUAGUUCUGCCUGUGGGAGUGCUAGUUGCUGUUGUUUAUAUCCUUUGGAAAAAAAGGAAAAAAGAAAGAAGAAACGCUCCUGUUGAAGAACUGGAAAACUUGAAUUAAAUAGAAGCAGCUGUCGGAGAUUUAUAAUAGACAAAUAAUUUACCGUGCUGUUUCAUGAUUCAUAAAAGUUUAUAUGAGAUAGAAUGACUUAUAAUGUUGGACAAAUAGGUUUUAAGAUACACCUUUCAGGAUGGUAGAAUGGCAAGACCAAUUCUUUCCUAUCCUACAUUGUUUAACAGCUUAAAUUUGAGAAAAAAGUUUAUUAAUCUACAAAAGUAAAAUGAUAUGUUAUCUAUGGUGUAUAUUUAGAUAUAAUACAAUUUUGGACUUCAGUGUAGGUCGAUAUGUGGUUAUAAGGACUCAUGGCUAUUGAUAUUGACCGAAAACACAGAAAGUGAUAGCGACCAAACCUGCAAGGUCGUUAGCAUUUUCUGUGUCUGAGGUCAAUAUCUAUUGUCAUGAGUCUUUAUAACCACAUAUUGACCGUUCACUGAAGUCCAUAAUAGUUAUAUUAUAUAAUCACUUAAAGUGAAUGCACUAAGACAGUUCUAACUGAACAGACUUGGCUGUCAUUACGUCACAGUGGUUAAAAACACGCUUCUUAUAUAAUGACGUAACGUUCUAUAGUGCAACCGAACGGCGUGUCGUGCGAUAUCAUAUUCCGCGGACGCACUUUCGCGUCAAUAUCACAAAAGGAGGAAUAUCACGUGACGUCCUUUCAGCCAAUGAAAAUUACGAAAAUAAUCCUCUUAUAUAACUUUAAUUAUUAAUAUAUCAAUUUUAAGUUAAGUGUUGAUUCAAUAUUUUUUAAAACAAAAUCUUUAUCAGACUUUAAAAAGGUAUAUAUUUAGGGGUCGGACUAUAUUUAGUUUUACUGUGUGAAAACUACAAUAGCGAAAGUCUUCAUUUUUAUACCAUAUAUAACUUACUUUAAAUUCAGUGUACAUGCAAAGAUUGGGGAAAUUUACCGUCCAGGUAUUUUUGAGGGACCGUCUCAGAAUACUGGUACCUUUACUAUGGGAUUUUUUAGGAAAAUUCCAAUUUUUAGCACUUUAAAGCAAAUUAUACAAAAACAACAAGAGACAUUUGUUCAAAGUAUAAUAUUUGAUGAGUAAUACUAUGUUAUACAAUAUAAGUAAGAAACACACAAUUCUACCGUCUUGUUACCGGAGGGGGCAUCUCAAAAUGCAAAAAAAAAUUGCACAUUUUACUAUUUUGAUAGAGUAUUAAAAAAUAUGACGUACACCAUGGAUUCACGUGAAAACAUAAUAAAGAUAUUGUAAUUUUUUCAAAUUUCUAUGUUUUAAAUUUCAAGAGCGUAAGUUUAUUACUUUUU